GCCAUGGGAUCGGAGGAGCGAUCGCCGAAGCAGCAGCAGAUCAAUGGCGGCGGCGAGGGGAGGACGGGGAAGAAGAAGGAGAGGCUGCUCGACUUCCUGAGGGCCGAGCCAGCGCCCACGACGAACAGCAAGGGCGGCGCCUUCCUCGCGCGCGUGGCCACGCUCCGGACGCGCGCCGCCGCGCGCCUCCUCCGCGAACGCCGGCGCGCCGUGGACUGGCGCGGGCUGCGGCGCAGGGCGGCGGCGUGGGCGCGGCACCCGAUGAACGCGGCGCUGCUCGCGUGGCUCGCGUUCGUGGCCGGCGGGGUGGGGCUCGUGUUCCUGCUCAUGGUGGGCGCGCUGGACGGCGCCGUGCCGGAGCAGGCGCGGCGGCGGCGGUGGGCGGAGGUGGCCAACCAGAUGCUCAACGCGCUCUUCACCGUCAUGUGCGUCUACCAGCACCCGCAGCUCUGCCACCACCUCGCGCUCCUCCUCCGCUGGCGCGCCCCCGGGGACCCCGCCGAGCUCCGCGCCGUCUACCGCAAGAACGCCGGCGCCGGAGAAGAAGAAGAAGAAGGCGCACUGAGGAACGAGCGGGCCCACGUGGCGGUGGUGGUGGCGCUGCUGCACGGCACGUGCCUCGCGCAGUACGCCUCCUGCGCGCUCUUCUGGCUCCUGCGCCCCGGCGAGCGCCCCGCCUGGGCCGUCAACCUCGCCAUGGGCCUGGGCCUCGCCUUCCCCGUCGCCGCCGGCCUCUACUCGCUCUACGGCCCGCUCAAGGCCCGCCCGCCGGGCCCGGACCCCGCCGCCGCCGGACCCGUAGCCGAUGAAGAAAAGGCCGCCAUGGCUACGGCAGGAACAGGAAGACGGAGGAGGAAGGAGGUGGGCGGGCCGGAGUGGGCGGGCGGGCUGCUGGCCGGCCUCGGCGACGACCCGGCGGCGGCGGCCAUGUCGGCGUGCUGCGGCUUCUGCGUGUUCGGGUGGAACAUGGAGCGGCUGGGGCUGGGCAACAUGUACGUGCACGUCUUCACCUUCGCCCUCCUCUGCGCCGCGCCGCUGCUCGUCUUCGCCGGCGCCGCGCUCAGCAUCGCCCGCGACGACGCCGACCACGCCGGAGCGGCGGGGGAGCUCUGGUGGUACCUCGCGGGGGCUGCGGGAGCGCUGCUCUCCGUGCUCGGGCUGGCCUACGGCGGCUUCUGGCGCUCCAGGAUGCGGCGCCGCUUCGGGCUCCCCGCCGAGGACGAGCUCUUGCGUUGCGCCGGCGGGAGGAUAAUCCGGUGUCCGGCGGCGGACUACGGCAAGUGGCUGCUGUGCGCGCCGUGCGCGCUGGCGCAGGAGGUCAGGACCGGGAACCUGUACGACGUCGAGGGGGGGAGCUUUUACGCCAGGGAAGAAGAAGAAGAAGAGGAAGAAGAGAAGCCGGCAAUGGCGCCUCUGGAGAGGGAAGGGAGCCUGGGGGCACUGCUAGCCGGCGAGUGUGCCGUUGCCGUCGAUAUGCCGCCGGAGCCCGCGAGGGUGAACCGAUAGACUCCACGUGUAAUUGACUAACUGUUUAAACGAAGCGCGUUCACUAUAUAAAGUUGUAGAGAGAGUAAGAAUUGAA